AAUUUAUUGUAAACUUUAAAAAAAGCCACAUCAAUGAAGCUCGCCCACGUUCUUCUCAUUGUUGUUAAAAUCGUCCUCUCGUUCGCAAGCUAUCAAAAUAUUGAAGCGCAUCAAAAAGCUGGGGGAGAUAUUUGGAUUCCAUCAGUUUUAAAUUCAAGUAAAAGCAUCAAAGCAAUGGUUGUCCCCCCGGCAAAACGUAGGAAAGCCUCGGUGGAGUCCUCCAAUUAUCUAACCGCCGAGAGAGACGGAGAGAGAGAGAGAUGGAGGGGAGAGCGAGGAGGGUUUCCCUGCCGUUCGUGGGGAUGAUAAUGGUGGUUCUGGUUCAAGCAAGCAACAUGGUGGUGACGAAGAUGGCCAUGUCCGAUGGGCUCAACAAGUACACCCUGGUCUUUUACUGUAACGCCCUCUCCUCUCUCAUCCUCCUUCCUUUUCCGUUCAUCAUAUCUUGCAGGUCAGGGUCGUGUCCUCCUCUCACUUUCUCCGUGCUUCGCAAGAUCUUCUUGCUCGCUCUGGUUGGAUUCGGAACACAGAUAUGCGGAUAUGCGGGCAUCGAUUACAGCUCCCCUGUGCUGGGCACGGCCAUGAUGAACCUCGUCCCGGCUUUCACUUUCAUUCUCGCCAUUAUUUCAAGGAUGGAGAAAGUGAAUUGGAAAAGCUCAAGCAGCCAAGCUAGGCUUAUGGGAACCAUUGCAUCAAUUCUUGGUGCAUUAGUAAUCACUCUCUACAAGGGUCCGGCGAUUCUCCGCUCACCUUUGCCUCCUUCUUUUGUCCAUCCUCGUCGCCUUCUCUUGCUUCCCUCCCAACAAUUGAAUUGGGUUCUUGGUGGGUUUCUCCUUGCCGCCGAAGCUUUCUUUUUAUCAUUGUGGUACAUUGUACAGGCAUUUAUCCUCAAAGAUUACCCUGUGGUGAUGAACAUAAUGUUCUAUCUAACGUUCUUUGCGACUAUCCUUUCUGGGCUAUUGUCCUUUAUUAUGGUGAGAGAGCUGCAAUCGUGGAUUCUAAAAGUCGAUGCGGGUUUGAUCGCUAUUUUAUACUCGGCUGUUGCCGGUGUCUUUAGAGUCACAUUGUGUACAUGGUGCCUGAAGAAAACUGGACCUAUCUUUGUUUCCAUGUUCAAGCCCUUGGGAAUUGUAUUUGCUGUGGGAUUGGGGUUCAUAUUUCUAGGGGAAAAGCUACACCUUGGAAGCUUGAUUGGAGCAAUAGUGAUUGCGAUGGGAUUCUACGCGUUAAUGUGGGGAAAGUCUAAAGAGGAAGAGAAGACAAUCGAGGGCAGUGGUACGGUUGAUGGGAGCUUGGCAUCCUCCAGCCAUAAGAUUCCAUUGCUCCAAAACAAAGCUUCAAAGUCGUCAUCUUUGGAGGCUCCUCUCCGCCCAACACUCUCCACCGCUAUCGAGCAUCAUCCCCUUCUCUCUCGCGCGCAAGCUGACCUUCGACCUAAGGUCGAAGAUGGUCUCGACUUCCAUGAUAGCCCAAAGUUAGGUCUACUCAACAUCGAUUUGGGCAUGGAGCUUGAGCUUGAGCUUAGAACUGAGUAG